AUGGCAACCUCGCAAUGUAUCCGCACACCAAUCACAGACAUGUUCAACAUCAAACAUCCAAUCCUGUUGGCUGGUAUGAACGCUGCCGCCGGUCCUAGGCUGGCUGCUGCUGUAACAAAUGCCGGAGGCCUCGGUGUGAUUGGCGGCGUCGGCUACAGUCCUGACAUGCUCCGUGAGCAGAUUGCCGAGCUCAAAGAGCACUUGGAGGACAAGAAUGCUGCGUUUGGCAUUGACUUACUCUUGGCUCAAGUGGGUGGUGGUGCACGAAAGACCAACCAUGACUACACAAAGGGAAAACUCGACGAGCUCAUAGACGUUGUCAUUGAAUCGGGUGCCCGCCUCUUCGUCUCAGCCAUCGGGGUCCCGCCCAAGGCCAUCGUGGAUAGACUUCAUGCCAAUGGUAUUGCAUACAUGAAUGUCAUUGGCCAUGUAAAGCAUCUCAAAAAGUGCCUCGCUGUCGGCGUUGAUAUAAUUUGCGCCCAGGGCGGCGAGGGCGGCGGACAUACUGGCGAUACGCCAACAACUAUUCUUAUUCCUGCCGUUGCCAGAGAGGUUAUAAAUCACCGGGCGCCACUGACUGGGGGCCCUAUUCAAGUUAUUGCCGCUGGCGGUAUCUAUAAUGGCCAGUUACUUGCGGCCGCUCUUAUGAUGGGCGCGAGCGCUGUAUGGGUGGGAACCCGAUUUAUCUUGACAAACGAGUCUGGCGCCCCAACUGCUCACAAAGAGGCGGUACUCAGUGCCGGGUACGAUGACACCAUUCGCACCGUCGUCUUUACUGGCCGGCCUAUGCGCGUGCGUACCAACAGUUAUAUCGAGGAUUGGGAGACCAAUCGCCAACGGGAGAUGAGAGACCUCACAGGUAAAGGGAUAAUACCAUAUAAUUUCGACUAUGAUAAGCUCGUGAGAGGUGAUGGCAAGGGAAAUGACUCCGAUGGAGAUGAAAACCCGUUGGCCCAGUUUCAUCCUUUCUUGAUGGGCAAGUGUGCUGCUGUCGUCAAUGAGAUCAAGCCUGCCCAGGAAGUGGUCAUUGAGUUUGUCAAUGAUGCUAUCAAGAAUAUUCAGGCGGGUUCAAACAUGAUUGCAAAGCUAUGA